AUGGGGUUCCGGGAAGCAUACUAUCCGAUAGAGACCCAAGGGACUAAGAUCACUCUCAGCACAACCUACCACCCUCAAACUGAUGGCCAAACUGAGAGAACAAUACAGACACUUGAAGGCAUGCUAAGAGCAUGUGCUCUGGACUUCAAUAGUAAUUGGAGUGAGCACCUACCUUUAAUCGAGUUUGCCUAUAAUAAUAGUUAUCAUAGCAGCAUUAGAAUUACUCCAUAUGAGGCUCUAUAUGGGUGCAAGUGUCGGUCAUCUCUAUAUUGGGAUGAAGUAGGGGAAAAAGCUGUCACUAGACCUGAGCUUAUCCAAACAACGAUCGAAAAAGUGAUUGUCAUCAAAGAACGACUUAAGGAUGCUCAAGAUCGACAAAAAAGUUGGGUUGAUUUAAAAAGAAGACCAGUGGAAUUUGAAACAGGUGAUAAGGCCUAUAUAAAGAUUUCGCCAAUGAAGAGAGUAGUUCGAUUCAAUAAAACUGGGAAACUGAAUCCUAGAUAUGUAGGGCCUUUAGAAAUUCUGGAGAAAGCAUGCUCUUCUAUCGGUUCAAAGAUGAUUAAUCAACAUUUUUUCUUGCCUAUCUUUCUCAUCUUCAUUGUUCCAACUUUAUCUCCAGAAGUUGCCAAUGUAAUGAUCACUAUGAAUGGAUCUAAUUUAGCAGCUGAAACCAGCGAUAAUUUUAUUUGUGCAACUCUCGAUUGGUGGCCUCCCGAGAAGUGCAAUUAUGAUCAAUGUCCAUGGGGAGAAUCUUCAAUCCUGAACUUAAACUUGAGUCAUCCAUUUCUUGCCAAAGCCAUUCAAGCAUUCAAUCCUUUGCGAGUAAGACUGGGAGGCACACUACAAGAUAAAGUUGUGUAUGGCGUGCCAAAUUUGGAGCAACCAUGCCUUCCCUUUUCCAAGAGGGUUGGUGAUUUAUUCGAUUUUUCUGAAGCUUGUUUGAGCAUGUCAAGGUGGGAUGAGCUAAACCAUCUCUUUCAAAAGACAAGAGCUGUUAUUAUAUUUGGGCUAAAUGCCCUAUAUGGGAGAAAUCACAUACAAAUUAAUAAGUGGACCGGAGCAUGGAACUCCACCAACGCCCGAGACUUCAUCAGCUACUCCAUAUCAAAAGGAUACAAUGUCGAUACAUGGGAAUUUGGCAAUGAGUUGAGUGGGCAGGGAGUGGGAGCUAGUGUAGACGCUGAGCAAUAUGCCAAAGAUUUGAUGGUGCUUAAAGCUAUGCUAAAGGAGUUAUACAAUGAUUCACAUCAACAACCAUUACUAGUUGCUCCGGGUGGCUUCUUCGAUCGACAAUGGUAUGCUCAGCUCCUUCAAGACUCAGGUCCCGGAACUCUUGAUGCCUUGACACAUCAUAUUUACAAUCUUGGUGGAGGUGAUGAUCCUCACAUACAAGCUAAGAUUAUGGAUCCUGAAUACUUAAGUAGUAGUAUGAUAGAUACAUUUAGAACUCUCCAACUCACUAUAGAGACGAAUGGACCGUGGUCUUCUGCUUGGGUUGGUGAAGCUGGAGGCUCAUACAACAGCGGCAAUCGUGUUGUGUCAAACAAAUUUCUUAACAGUUUUUGGUACCUUGAUCAACUCGGCAUAGCUUCAAAGUACAACACCAAGGUUUAUUGUCGGCAAACAUUAAUCGGAGGGAAUUAUGGCCUUCUUGAUUUGAACACUUUGGUACCAAAUCCUGAUUACUAUAGUGCUCUGUUGUGGCAUCGGCUAAUGGGGAAGGGAGUUCUUGAUAUCGAAGUUAGUGGUUCGCCAUACUUGAGAGCUUAUGGCCAUUGCAGAAAGAAAAGGUCCGGCAUCUCUAUGUUGUUGAUCAACUUGAGCAACUCAACCAAGUUCAAUGUGACUAUCCUUGACGAUAGUAGCAAAACAUUAAAACAUAGAAAAGAAUAUCAUCUCACAGCAAAAGAUGACAACUAUUUAAGCCAAACUAUGUUGUUGAAUGGUACGCCGUUAGAGCUCACCGAAGAGGGAGGCCUUCCGCCAUUGAAACCUUUGAAUGUUCUAGUCGAGUCACCUAUCGAAGUGGCUCCCUUAUCGAUUGCGUUUAUUGUUUUUCCUAACAUUAAAGUGGAAGCUUGUAUGAGGUAA